CCCGUCCUGAAGCCGUUCAACCUCGCCAUUCAGCCUCCUCUUGCCUGAAUUGCUCCCAGCCCAUCUUCGCGCUCGUCCUCUGCACGACGGACACACCCCUUAGCCGAGACAAAUUUCCCACCAAUCAAGAUUGCCCGGCAUGUCUACCGAUCCCAAGUUCGACGACCUCCACAAGCAGCUCUUUGAUGAGGGCCUGAAGAUGCGGCGCAGUGUGGUAGGCGAUGAGUACGUCGACCGGGCGUUGGCCAAUGGUUCUACGGAGUUUUCUCGGGCGGGUCAAGAGUUGGUGACAGAGUGGUGCUGGGGGUAUGCGUGGACACGACCAGGCCUCACGAAGCAGCAACGAAGCCUGCUUAAUAUCGGCAUGUUGAUGGCGCUCAAUCGAGGGCCCGAGCUGGCAGUUCACGUUCGAGGGGCAAGGAACAACGGGCUGUCCGAGUUGGAGAUCCGCGAGGCCAUUAUCCAUGCGACCACGUACUGCGGCGUUCCGGCGGGAGUUGACGCCAUGAAGACGGCGGAGAGGGUGCUCAACGAGAUGGCAGAAAAGGGGGAAAUGCCACGUGAGCUGGGGGGAAAGAGCGAGAAGGCAUAGUGAGGAUGGCGGUUUUGGCGAAUCUAAAGAGAUUGAUGUGAUGCUGAUGGAAGGGAAAAGGAGCAGAAACUUUGGAAGAUGGCGAGGGAAGUCGACUUUCCCAUUCGAGAGAGAUAUGCACGUGCGGGCAUCAGGGGGGGAGGAACAUUCGUUGCCCCACAACCUCACCAGGCAAUUCCAUCCUUUC